GAAGGAAAACGUCCUCAUGUGGCAGCCUCACUGGCACAGAUUCAGAGGACAGCAUGUCAUCAGCCGGAGUUAGCGAUACGAGCCGCCCGAGUUGUUCGGGCAGGAGUCAGAGGGGUACCGGCUCAUCCAAAGCGCUGGAUGCCAUUUUCGAGCGCGCGCGGGCAGGGAAGGCUACCAACAAUGUGACGCCUCGUGCUGAAGGAUCGCUGUCCACCACAGCAUCAUCCCAGGGAUCGAGUCCGCGCUUUGUGACUCCCUUGGAGCGAGGCGCAUUGGAGUCCCCAAAGCCCACCAUGGCUGGUGCUGCUUGGGUGCUAAUGCAGUUGUGCAAGCAGGAGACUCCCAGUCAGGA